GCAUUAGUUUCCUGCUGACCUGCAUGGCCAAGGAAUCGACAGAGCAUUUUUCUCCCCUCUGUAAACUGGUUUCCUCUAUGGUGCCCUCCUUCUUUUUUCUCCACAAAGCUGAACUCUUCUCAUACUUGCUUCUGUGUGUUGCCAAAAUGCCGUUCAUACCACAAGUAUCAGUCGCACGCUCCGUGUCAGGGCUGACGGGGAAGGAGAGGCCAGGCGGUGCUUCGUUCACAAGCGCCGUGGCCAAAACUCAAGUCCAACGAUACGACAAAGGAAGCUCAGUCAAGGAGAGGCUAACUUUAAACCUGAAGCAGCUGGGGAGGAAGAGUCAACUCAACAGUCAUCUAACAUCAGCUAAAGGGGUUUCUGCAGCUCCGAACAAAAGAGACCGCGGGCUGCCAUCGUCACAGACCGACAGCACCCCCAGCUCAAGCUCAGGAGCGUCUCUGCAGCACAAACCUGCAGGCCACAGCUCUGCAACGAAGACUGAACCUCUGGUGAAGGCCAGAACGAGGACUCGAGAAGAAGCUCGUUUUACGCUGACGCUCACACCUGAAGCGGUUCUGCUGCUGCAGCGGAGAAACAGCGAGAGGCACCAGCGAUCCAGAAACACUACAAGUGGAGCUGGUGCUUCUGGGAGCGCCACGGAUUCCAGAAGGAGGAGACAGCCAUCCAUAACCCAAAGAAAUGGAGCUUUCAAUGGCAGCGCUGGUGCCAAGAACAUGCACAGUGCUGAGCUGGAAGACAUAAGCUCCAUUGUGAAGAUCUCCCUUCUGAACGACAAACACAAGUAUGACGAUGUGGAGUAUGAGGAAGAGGAGGACCUCGCUGUGGACGAGCACGUGGUGCUGAAGUGCACAGAGUGGCUCCGUGGGUUGGAGAACAAACCAGUAACGACUGGGAAAAUCACAAACAAGAGUGGAAACGGUCUGAAAAGUUGUUAA